UAGUGGGAAAGGUGUUAAAAGUUACCUGUUUGCUUCUAAUUUUUGUGUAUUUGCAGUACACUCGAUACCGGAACUGCUUUUCAAGAGUUCUCGCAUCUUUGCGCAAACUGGGUCACUUUGAACCGUUGAAAAGCAGCAGAGUUCCAUUAUCAAUCCCACAAGGCAACAAAAGCACCCGCUUAAACCAAACGCCAGAGGUCUUAUCAAAGAUUUUGAGAAAUGCACUCCGUGGUCUUAUCUAUGGCCGUGUUUGCGUUCUUGCAGCUGAACGCAAUGUUUGUACAGGGGGAGCAAUCGUGUCCGGCUGCAGUAAAGGUUGGCUGUUACGAAGACAAAGUUCACCACCGCGCCCUGGGAAAGCUGUUAUUUCAAGACCGCUCGGAGACCGGGGAUAGAUUCAGUGGCGUGCUUAUCGAUUGGCAUCACUAUGACAAGUACUUGGAGGGACUAAUAUGUCGUUGCGCAACGGCGGCGAAAGGGAAAGGCUACACGCACUUCGGCCUGCAGUUCUAUGGCGAGUGUCACAGUGCACCGAAUAGUCUGGCGAACUACGGGAAACACGGAAAGAGUGACAACUGUGUCGACCACAGACUUGUGGAGUGCGAAGACGAGACUUCAGAUCACUGCGUCGGACUGAGUAACGCAAAUUAUGUUUACAGAGUCACAGGUAAGAUGAUUCGGGUACUCGUAAUCUUUCUCCUCGCCACGGUGGUUGAAGCUGUCAAUCAAACAUGCAGCGAAGAUUUUUACAAACUCGGUUGCUUCAGAGACUCUCGCUGGUCACGUGGUAUGAGCGAGCUGUUGAUCAAUGACCGUCAGCGCUCAUCUCCAAACCAGUUAAACUGGAAUGACUGGAACAAGUAUCUACCAGGGCUGGCGUGUCGAUGCGCAGCCAAAGCCCGCGAGAAAGGUUACACACUGUUUGGAAUCCAGUUCUACGGGGAGUGCUGGGCAGGCGCUGGUGCCUGCGAUAUGUAUGAUCAGCAGGGUACCUCAUUACGCUGUGUGGGACAGGACUUCCGGUCAUGUGACAAUAGCGACAACCAGGCAUGCGCAGGGGGCCCAAACGCUAACUAUGUGUAUUUGCUGACCGAGUGAUGUAAGACAAGGCAUGGGAUUAAGGCGCGCUGUUAAAUGCCCCCCCCCCCCCCCCCCGGCAUUUUAUUGAUAACUUAUAUAAUAUAUUUCAUCUCAUUAUGUAGUCUUAUCAUUGCUUGACAGUCUCUAAAUAGGAAUAAAAAAAGGAAUCUACCAUCA